UGUGUAUAUUGUGUAUGUCGGACACGUGGUAACCCAUAGACAUCUAUUUGUCAUGCGCGCGGUAAUGGCGAUACCGUGACACUUCUCGAACUCGUGUAAACGAUCCGAAGAAUGUUGAUAUGCAAUCGAAGAAAUAUCUCCAGUUAACAUUGGCGAUACUUAAGCCGCACGUCGUCAAAUCCCCUUUCGCUCUUCAGAUUCGCGAUUUAAUAAUCGACAAUAAUUUCAAAGUUGUCAGAUCGCGCAGGGCGACGAUAUCUCGCGAAGAGGCGGAGUUGUUUUACAAGGAGCACAGAGACAAGUUCUUUUACAAUCGUCUCGUGACAUUUAUGUCCAGCGGCCCAUCCGAUAUUCACAUCCUGGCGGCUCACGAUGCUGUCGCCAAGUGGCGACAGUUGAUGGGCCCUACUAAGGUCUAUCAAGCACAAUACAAUGCUCCGGACACUAUCAGAGGCAUGUUUGGUCUGUCGGAUACCAGGAAUGCCACACACGGAUCUGAUUCAACAGAGUCGGCAAAGAGAGAGAUUGCAAUAUUCUUUAAGGACUUUGAUACAAAGAAGUGGUACGACAAAGAGGAGAUAUUUUAUAAUUUGGGAAAAUUGCAGUUUGAUCCAAUAUCUUUUGUGCAUACUAUCGACAGAAGCUACUUAGAAAAGCAGAAUGAGCAUAUUAGAAAAUAAUCAGCAUUGUUAAUUUAUUAAAUAAAAUAUUAUUUAUUAUUUU